GCACAAGCCUCUGUCUGGCGAGUCGCGAGAGUUGACUAGUGUAGCAUGUUAGCCUGAUAGCACCUAAACUACCACACAGACAUUGGCUGCGUUUUAUUCAAGGGAAUAAUGCGUCUUCUGCCGGAAUACAACAUGGAGACCAUGACCACCGCUACGUCCCCCAUCCUGUUGAAAUGGGACCCCAAGAGUCUGGAGAUCCGCACCCUGACCGUGGAGCGGCUGCUGGAGCCCCUGGUCACACAGGUGACCACCCUGGUGAACACCAGCAACAAAGGGCCCAGCAGUAAGAAGAAGGGGCGCUCCAAGAAGGCCCACGUGCUGGCCCUGUCGGUGGAGCAGGCCACGCAGAACUUCCUGGAGAAGGGUGAGCAGAUCGCCAAGAACAGCCACGAUCUCAAGGAGGAGCUCAUCCUCGCCGUGGAGGACGUCCGCAAGCAAGGUGAUUCAAUGCGCGUGGCCUCCCAGGAGUUUGCUGACGACCCUUGCUCCUCAGUGAAGCGCGGCACCAUGGUGAGGGCUGCCCGCGCCCUGCUCUCCGCCGUCACCCGCCUGCUCAUCCUCGCCGACAUGGCUGACGUCAUGAGGCUGCUGGCCCACCUCAAAAUCGUGGAGGAGGCCCUGGAGGCAGUGAAGAAUGCCACCAACGAGCAGGACCUGGCCAACCGCUUCAAAGAGUUUGGCAAGGAGAUGGUGAAGCUCAACUAUGUGGCCGCCCGCAGACAGCAGGAGCUGAAAGACCCCCAGUGCCGGGACGAAAUGGCGGCGGCGCGCGGCGCCCUGAAGAAGAACGCCACCAUGCUCUACACGGCCUCGCAGGCCUUCCUGCGCCACCCAGACGUGGCGGCCACGCGCGCCAACCGCGACUACGUCUUCAAGCAGGUGCAGGAGGCCAUCGGGGGCAUCAGCAGCGCCGCCCAGGCCACCUCGCCUGGCGACGAGAAACACGGCCACGCUGGCAUCGGCGAGCUGGCUGCGGCCCUCAACGAGUUUGACAACAAGAUCAUCCUGGACCCGCUGACGUUCAGCGAGGCGCGUUUCCGCCCCUCCCUGGAGGAGCGCCUGGAGAGCAUCAUCAGCGGCGCCGCACUCAUGGCCGACUCGUCCUGCACCCGCGACGACCGCCGCGAGCGCAUCGUGGCUGAGUGCAAUGCCGUCCGGCAGGCCCUGCAAGACCUGCUGAGCGAGUACAUGAACAAUGUGAGUACCCCUUGA